AUGAGUGACUUGGAUCAUUUUAGUUAUUCUAGUAUUGAAGGUGUUGCAAAGCUCAUUAAAUCAGCUUUAAUUAUCCAUGGUGGUAAUUGUAUGUUAAUUACGCUACAGUCAAAAGACAUUUUGAUUCCAUUACUACUGAUAGAAAGAAACUUAUAUGGAAUAAUAAAUCUCACUUUCUAUGCUGGUGGAAUUGCUGCUUGGUUCCAAAAAUUUUAA